ACAAGAUGCAUAAUUUUUGCAAAAAAAAAUGAUAAUUAAAACGGAAUGGCUAAAAGGACGGAAAAUGUUGCUUGCAAGCACGACUGAAUAAGAAAACAACAGGUGCUACACAUCCGGCGGCGGCAAUAUACAUCAAGAUGCCUUCCUCCAAAAAAAGAAAAGAGGGUGUUACAGCUGUGAUAGACCCAAAUAUCUGUGCAUUCUGUAAUGUUGCUGAAGACAAUGAAGAAGUGUUUGGUAAAAUGAUAAAAAAAUGUGACCUCACUGUCCAUUACUUCUGCAUGCUGUUUUCAAGUGGUUUGAGCCAAGGGGGCAAUUCAGAAGAAGAAGGAAUCUUUGGCUUCAUGCCUGAGGACAUCAUGAAGGAAGUACGCCGAGGGGCAAGACUGCGCUGUACAUAUUGUAAACAGAAGGGUGCCACCAUAGGCUGCGUUGUUGGAGCCUGUAGACGGGUCUUCCAUUUUGGGUGUGGAAGAUCGGGUGGGACUAUGCACCAGUAUUAUGACUCAUUCAGGUCAUUCUGUGAGGAUCAUAGACCAAGACAGACAGUAUCCGUCAGUGACCGCCUGGCCUUCUAUGGUACCGCUAACACAACAUGUGCUAUCUGUAUGACGUCUGUAGAGACAAGGGCUUCCAACGAAACUCUGCGUGCUCCAUGCUGUCGUAAUUCCUGGUUCCAUAGAUCCUGUAUUGUUAAACAUGCACUGACAGCAGGGCUAUACUUCUUCAAGUGUCCUCUGUGUAACAACAAGGAGAUAUUCCAAGAGGAGAUGCUCAAGUUUGGUGUCUACCUGCCUGACCAAGAUGCUGCUUGGGAGACGGAACCUAAUGCAUUUCGUGACCUGUUAGAGCGGUAUCUUCAUUGUGAUGCUAGAGAGUGUCAUUGUCCAAAGGGCAGGGACUACAAUCAGGAUGGCCAAAAGUGGGAGAUCAUCCUCUGUGAUUGGUGUGGAUCACAGGGAUCACAUGUAGGCUGUCACAGUCUGUCCAAGUGUGGCAGUGACAACAUCUGUCCGGACUGUAAGGGGCUCGAGAAGAAAAGAUGUAAAGGAAAGAAGAAAACUUUGCCAAAAAACAAAUCUCCGGUUGCAAGUAAAAGUGUUAAGGCAGACUUGGACAGUAAAUCUAAGAGUGAAUACCCUGGCAAAUCUGAUAUACUUGUAAAGAAAGGUCUCCCCUCAAGAUGCUCCACACUCUCUACCCCGCCCCCCUCCAGUAGCUUGUCGCCAGGCACAGUGCUGCGUCUGUCAUACGAGGAGACAGAUGAUGAUGUUAAUGUAGUAGACUCCAUAGACAACCAUCCCUCAACCUCCAAGGAAUAUGAUGGAAGUGUACCAUCACAGAUCCAACAGGGAAAGCGUAAGAAAACUAUGAAAAACACCACGUCAAAGCGACAAAAGUUAUCUGAAGAUGACGUGUCUAAUGUGUAUGAAAGUUCAGAAAGAAUGUCGCCAGUCAAGCCACAACCGACAGCUACAAUCACCAGUCCUGAAAUAAGACAAGUAUCUCCUGUGAAAAGUUGUGUUAGACAGUCAGCCCUUAAUAUACAAGCAAAGAGAGCUCGCAGUGGCGGCAAAAGAACAAGAUCAGUGGGGCUAACUCAAGCUGAUACGUUUAGACUGGAAAGGAUGAAGACAGACCCAAAUAAAGUAAUAAAGAGAUCAAGAUCAAGUUGUGCAAGUUCUCCUAAGAAAAGAUAUUCUAAUAAAAACCCAUGGAGUGAUUGUAAAGGCCUAUUUUCUAGAAAAAGGAAGCAUGCUGCAAAGAAAAAACUAGCGUUAAGAAAGUUAGGUAUAGCAGAGGAAUUGAAUGCAAGCCGUGGUAUUAGUUGUAUAAGUGAGCCGCCUACACAGUAUACAGACAGUAAAGGAACAUCACGUUAUAAAGAUGGCAAAGGACGGUUUUUACCAAUUCGCGAUGGUUCAGCAAAGAAAAGUCACUGUGCAACUAAACAUGAUAUCUUGGAAGAAUCUAGCACAAGCAGUUGUGUUGAAGAUACUGGAACAUCUGCUGAAGAUAGCCCAGUCAAAGUCAAUAUCACAGCAAAAAAGAAGGGGCUUCUCAGGGCCUUAUUGACAAGUGGGACAUAUUAUGAGUCAGGAUGUGAACAGAGUCAAAGCAGGAGCUCAAGUCUGGUGCAACAAAGUGCACAAACUAAAUUAAAAAGUCAAUCCAGUGAAGAGAUUCCCAAAAUAUCCAAGAAGGCUAAGUGCAAAAAAAAAUCAAAAUUGGGUAUUUCUCCAGGCCAGAUGUCGAUCACGAACUGGUUGACUGGAAUGAAUAGGCCUAAGGGAGAAGGCCCACAAACAAUUCUUGGAACAGAGAAAGGAGAUAUGGAAAAUGACAUAAAUUUCCUCAAUCAGACAGAGUCAGGAAACAAUGACGAUGAGGAGAAAAGCCUGAUCAUCAAAUACAAAGGUAAGAAGUUCGUGUUCAAGAAAGAAAACGAAAGCAAGUCAGAAAAAGCAGAGUCUGUAAAUAAUUGGACCAAAUCGGAAGUAGUAAGUAACGACACCAGUCCUGCUCAGAGUACAAGACAGGCUCUGAGUGAGAAAGUUGAUCCUGCUAUUCACUCCAUGCUCCAGAAUAGCAGACCUAUUGGCUCAAGCCCUGCUCUCAGUACAAGGCAGGCACUCAUGGAAAGGAGGCAUGGUAGUGUGGAAAAUAGGAGGAAGAGGAUGCAAACACCUAAAACCUUUCCUCGUAGAAAAUACAAAAAGAUUGAGCCAAGUGAUUCAUCUGAUCUAUCGGAUGUGUGUGUGUAUGGGACCCCUCGCAGGAGUGUAAGGUGCUCCCUUAACACCAAAUUCCAGGACAAUUUCAGUAGUAUAUGCGAGACAGAUGAAAAGAGUGAACCAUGUUACGAUUCAUCAUCGUCUAGCUCUUCAACCUCAUUAUCGUCUACCUCUGACAUUAGAUUGCUGUAUUUUGAGAGUGAUGAUGAUGAGGAGGAUCCAGAGAACACAUCUGUGAAGUGUGAACCAGAAGAGGACUCCUCUCAGUGCCUUAUUGUGGACCUAGAGGAAGAGGAGAAGAUUAGGGUCAUAAAAGAAGGACACGAUUCUUCUAUCAUUGAGCUGUCCGAGACAUCAGAACAGACGCUAGAGGUAAUGGAGUCGGACAGCACUGGCACAGACGACCCCAGCACUAGUACCUACAUUAUACAGUCCUUUGGGGGCAACCAUGGCUUCCAGCAACUUAGCAUAUCUGUACCAAGUGUUUAAUGUAGUGCUUCUUAAUACUUAGUCUUGGUACUAUGUUAUUUGUAUUGAGGGUAAUGUACUAAAUCUGUACUUGUGUAAUCAUGUCAUAGAUUUCCCCUGUACCUCUGGUGUUGGAUAGAGCUUUCUUCCACCAUUCAUAAAAUUAUCUCCUGUUAAACCUGUUCAACAUUCUUCUUUCACUCCCUAGGACAAAAAGUGAAAAGAAACAAUUAUGACGUCCCAGAAGCAAUAAGAUAUGACAUCACAUCUGCCAAUGGGAAAGGUCAUGUUCAAAUCAGGAAUAAAAAAAAAAGAUUACAAAACAUUUUGUUUUCAGACAGAGUUUUGAAAUGAUGGGAGAAAGGUAAUUAUCCCCUGUCUUGAGGGUGUAACAGAGAAUCUCCAACCCUCAGGAUGAUUACUUGGUUUUGUAACCUUUGGCAGGACCUCGAGUUAAACAACCAAAUGAAUCACUCCUUUGAGUUGGAGAUGAUCCCCUCUCGGCCGAGCUUCAGGUUGGAGAUUUCUCUGUAUUGAAAUUAAAGCCCUCAGGGUAGGGAAUGAUUUUAUUAGUCACAUGUAUGACUGAAGUAAUGUAGGUGUAUUCUCUAUGGGUGCAUGGUCUUAAGUUUUUUUAUGUCACAUUUAAUUGUUGGAUGUCAUACUGUAAAUGUACAUAUUUUAGCGGUAGUCUUAUUUUAGCGCCUUCGUGCUUUAAAUAUUGCGCAAAAAUAUGAUUAUUAUUUGAAGUUCAUGCAUAUUGUUCUCUAUUGCAUCUUUUGCAGGUGCACUGAUUCAUCAAUGCGUCAAUCUGCUAAAAUUUUAUAGCGCUAAAAUUUGUCCAUAGACAAUAUUGAUUUGCCACUGCAGACAUCAUGUCUAUCAUAGAUGUUAUAUCACUCUUUUUAAGACUUAUGGCCCUUGAUGUUUUAUCCAUCCAUGUGCUGACACAUUUUUGUCCGCACUGCUGCAAAUGUACUUCAUGAAUUUUAGGACUUUGCACACAUCUUGCCUAUUGGUGAAUAUCCAAUGAUUAAUAAUUAAAAUGGGUCUAGUUUUCACUGGAAAACCUAAUCUUGAUUUGAGACACGAUUUGAGCAUUUUGGUUCAUACCUUUUGAGGUAUGAUGUGAGAAAGUGCCUGCCGUCUUACAAAGCUCUAUCCUACACCAUCAGGUAUUCAUUACUGCCAAUGCCAUUAUCUUGCAGGAAGGUUGGCAUAUAUAAUAGUCCAUUACUUUGAAAGUAUUGCUUUUUAGCUCACCUGCAAUUUUUCCUUUAAAACUCUACAAGUCAUGAACAGCUUAGUGGAUUUUGUUAAAAUUUGGCCUGGAGUAUCCUUGGGCAAAGGGGAUUCAAUUUUUCCUGGUCUUUAUGUGAUGGAUUUUACUGUAGUUUGAAUGCCUAUAAAUCUAUAUAGAAUGCUAUUCUGCUUCAUUGUGAAUAUCUUUUGUAACUUAUAAAUACAGUACUUUCACACUAAAUCCUGCUUUUGUAUAUGUCCUUCAUGUGUUGCAAUGAUGUUAAUCCCUAAUACAGAUUCUAUCCUUUGUAUCAAAGUAAGUGUCUGUGAUUGUACAUGGUAAACAGCACAGUGCUAGUGUAAAACCUGUGUAUAUAAGGACUGAUACUAGAUCUGAUUGAUGUGUAUAUUGUCACUUUUUCUCGGUUAAUUGGGGCAAAAUGUGGGUGCCCUAUAGUAAUCAUGGUGUCUGUCUGUCAGCACUUUAGUUUCUGGAGAUUAUCUCAUGAUCCAGAUGGUCAAAAUUUCUGAAAUUUCACAUAGUGAUACACUGUGAUGUGCAGAUGUGCAAUAGGGGUUUGAAAAGUUUCUAAGGUCAAGGUCACUGUUACUAAAAAUAGAAUUGGAAAUAUAUAUUGUCCAAAAUACCUAUAAGAAAGCCAAAUUUUCUGAAAUUUCUUAUGAUGAUACAUUGUGAUUAUAUGCAGAUGACAGUCUGGUGUUAUUUAUCUUAUGUAACGAUGUCAAAGUGAGAGGCCACAAUUUCAAAAGUUAUCUACCAGUACAUGUAUAAAUCAAAGUGAGAGGAUCCAAUUUCAAAGUUAUCUAUCAGUACAUGUAUAAAUCAAAGUGAGAGGAUCCAAUUUCAAAGUUAUCUACCAGUACAUGUAUAAGUCAAAGUGAGAGGAUCCAAUUUCAAAGUUCAAUGUAUAAGAGAUGUUUGAUAACCAUAUAAAGAUGUUGCUGGUGUUCUAGUCAGUGGGCAGUGGGUUUUUUUUAUCAAUUUAUACAUCUUAUUUUAUUUGCCAAUGUGAAUAAUGUUCUUUCAUAAUGUAUGCAAUUAUUUAGUUUGAAAUUAACUAUAUGUACAAUGUACUAUAAUACUGAUAUUUUUACUAUUGUAUAGAAAAAUCUAUAUAGCAUGAAGUACUGUUAUUUCUGUAAUAUUUGUUAUUGCAUAGUUUCAAACAUUUUACACUACCACUUAUUAUUGGUUGGGCAUUAAUGGUAUUUUAUGGCCAUUUCUUGGGAGCUUUUAAUAGCAGCUUAUAAUUGGUACUCAGAAAACUAGUUAGAUCCAUUCUGUCACAAACCCCAUUCUCUGUAAAGAGUUGUUUUUGAACAUGAAUUAUGUCUUCAUUAAAGAAGGCUUCACAGUAAUAUGUGAAUAAACAGUUCUUUUGUUGUGUACAUAGAAAUCUGUGUACCGAGUUUUGUGAAUGGCAUAGCAUAUAUAUCAUAUACAGUGUAGUAAAAAAUAUUACACCUGAUGACACUUCCAGGUAAUAAUCUACCAGUAACUUAGUAACCUUUUUACAAUAGGUGAUCACCCUGUAGAUCUUUAUUGUUUUGAAGAUAUCACAUUUAACAUUGAACUUAUUGGCAUGUCAAUCUGGGGAGAUCAUCUCCAGCUACCAUUCACAGAAUAGUGUCCCCCUCAGGUGGAGAUUCCACCAUCAGAUCCUCGCAGUAGAUGACAUAUUACUGAAGUCAAUAUGCUGGUAACACUGUAAAUCUGAUUUUUGUAUAUACAUGUAUCAUGUUUUGAAUGCCCCUGUACAUAGUUGCUUGAUGUAAAGAUAAUAAUUAUAUAUAUAAAUGAACUGUAUUUUGAUCAUAUUAGUGGGUUUAAAGCUUUGUUUUUGUAAAAUCAUUGCUCCUCAUCUACACAUUUUUAUAGUAUACCCAGACAAAAACCAAUUAAGUGAUUUUUUUUUAAGACUUUAAGAGGGAAAUUUUCGAAAUUGAAUACAGUUAUUGAAACUAACUCAUUAAUAAAUGAAAUUAUGAUACUUUUUAAACAAAUCUCAAUAUUUUAUAAUUGAAAGUUUUAUCAUAAUGAUGUGUACUGAAAUAAAAUGUAAACAAAACUAUAAUGAGGAGUGUUGAAUGUUUGUCUUUAUCAUAAUGUAAAUCACAUGUCAAUAAAUGUGAUGUGGUGGCCUCCCACUUACAUUUUUUUCAUGUAAACAACUUCUUCAGAAUGAUGAUGCCAAAGUCAUAUUUGACAUGAAGCUAACAGAUGAAGGACUUCAAGUUAAUGCAGAUUAAUCCACUUUGUAUGAUACAUCAAUCAGAUAUGAAAUUAAAGAAUACUGAACAGCUUCAU